AUGCAACCUGAAAGUAUCGCAUUGAACGGUGACAAAUUAAGCAAUGAAGAAAUUUUGGAAAUUAAUUCCGCGUAUUUCUCAUUGCGUGUAGCAAUUAUAUUUCUCAUCGUGACUGUUAUGCUUUUCGUUAUCAUACAAUUUAUCAAAUUAAUCUGCCAAAUUAUGCGAAUUUAUGAUGAAGCUAACAAGCCUUUCGACAGUAAAACACCCGAAAUUACAGUACAUUCGAAGAAAUCGACAAGAAGAAAAAAAUCAAAGUAUUCACUACCAAGUAAAGAGAUGCAAAUUCAAUUAUCGUUGACAAAUGAUAGAGAAAAAAACAUUACACCAUCUGAUAAUCGUGAAAUAAUUGCCAAAAAGGAGGAAGAAAUAAACAACAACAAGAAGAAGAAGAAACUUCCAUUACUUCAAAAUGAAGUGCGGAAUGCACCAGAAAUUGUGAUGGAUGAUUCGGAUAAACUUACACCACCGGAUAUCAAAGAUUCGCUGGCAAUAUUUGGUUCACAAAAGAUAUCAUCACCUAUACCAAUAUCGAUCAAAGAGAAGCCAGAAACAUUCGUAGAAUUAAAAGCUCAAGAUUCAUUAAUGGUUGUCAACAAACAGACAUCAUUACAACCAUCUCGUAGCGCUGAAAAAAUAAAAUCGGAAAUGGGAUCGGAAGAUAAGGGACAUGCUUUUUUGGCAGCAAAAGCUCAAGAUUCGUUAAUGGUUGUCAACGAUCAGAAACCACUACAACCAGCUAAUAGCGUUGAACAAACAAACUUAGCAACGACAGUAAAAAAGGAAGAAUUAAAAAUUGCUCAACAAAAAGAAAUUGAACUAUAAAUGGCAAAAUAAAUUUCAUGUGAUUAUUAUCAUUACCAUUACUAUCACUAUCAACCAACAUCAAUGUUAUCAAUAAUUAUUAAUCCUUUUAAACUGCUAGGUUUUUAC